UUUGUUUGUUUGUUUGUUGUUGUUGUGAGGCUACUAUAGUUCCCAAAUUCCAAAUUGAGCCCAAAAAGGAAGCAAAAAAAAAGAAGCUGAUAUGACGACGACGACGGCGGCGGCGGCGAAACCUCACGGCGGCGACAUGGCGAUGCGUCUUCCUUCCCCGAUAACCAACCGGCGGCGUCUCUCAACGCUUCCGAAAAUUGCCUCUUUCGCUCCACGGAGGCACGUCGUCGCGUUGGCGGCCAAGAGGAGCCCUAAGCGUCUCAAAUACUCUAUUCCUCGCUUCACAAAGGAGGGGGAAUUGGUGUACAUUGAGGUCGAUCCUUGUGGUGUGGAUGCCUGGAAACUCCAACCUGUGAUUGACCUUCUUAAACAAGGAGCUGUUGGUGUUAUUCCCACUGAUACUGUAUAUGCCAUUGCUUGCGAUUGUAAAAACCAUUCCGCUGUUGAGCGUCUCCGAAGGAUCAAAAAGAUUGAAUCAUCCAAGCCACUUAGCAUCUUAUGCCGCUCCUUACGGGACAUAGACACUUUUACCAUGGGUUUUCCUCGUGGUGAUGGUCAUGGUCAUGCUAACGUUUUCCGAGCUGUCAAGCAAUGCCUACCUGGACCUUACACCUUUAUCUUGACUGCAAGCAAAGAACUACCCAAACAGUGUGUUGGGUUUGGCACCACUAACGUGAAAUAUGCUUCAAGGAAAAACGUGGGUGUCCGCAUAUCUGAUGAUGCUCUCUGCCAAGCUAUCCUCCAGGAGAUGGAUGCCCCACUGAUUUGCACUAGUGUGAAAGGGCCAAAAGAAAAUGAAUGGAUGAUUGAUCCAACCGCAAUCGGUGACAUUUAUGGACCAGAGGGUCUAGAUUUUUUGGUUGAUGGAGGUGUACGAGUUGCUGAACCAUCCACUAUCGUGGAUAUGACAGGACCAUAUCCCAAGGUCAUACGGGAAGGGAAGGGACCUAUAUUGCCAUGGAUGGUUGUUGAGGAUGACGAGCCUCCCCUGCGCCAUGAUCUUAUCGCUUCUGGCACUUAAAACAGAGACAGACACAGAUUAGGUCUUUGUUUGACAUUUACACAUAAGACACCUUGUAGCUGAAGAAUAUGAAUACAGUUAUUACAAAUGUGAA